UGGGCUCUUUUAAAGGUCCUAAUUCCUCAAAAUGCAACACGGGUGAAGUGGGAACCCUUGAAUCACUGACUAACAUGAAAAUAAAAAGUGCUCCCCCGGACCUGCAUGGGCACUACAAGCGCCACCAGAGUUCCCCACCUCGACUGGAUGUGACGUCACAAGUCCAGCUCCGAGAACAGCCAGCGUUCGCCCAUGGCCAGGGCCAAGAGCGCAGGGAAGACCGAGUGAAGAGGACCAGCGACCUUCUGCACCAAAGCACCCGACACACCUUCACCGUCCGCGUCACGCCUCCACCUGGCCGGCCUGCCGUGAGCCAGCCGUCCAUGGAAGUCUUGAAGGUGCCGUCUCACCUGGAGAAUCCCACCAAGUACCACAUCCAGCAGGCUCAAAGGCAGCAGGUGAGGCAGUAUCUGUCCACCACCCUGGGGGGUAAAUCUGGCAGCCAGCCCCCUGAGCACAGCAUGCCACCUGGGCCUGGCAGCAGCGCUCCCAACAGCCCCAUGGCCCUGCUCACCCUCGGUUCCAACUGUGAGAAAGAGAUGGAUGAUGUCAUUGACGAUAUUAUUAGCUUGGAGUCGAGUUACAGUGAAGACGUUCUUGGACUGAUGGAUCCAGGACUCCAGAUUAACAACCCGCUCCCUGUUUCUGGAAAUUUAAUGGAUGUGUACAGCAACCAAGGACUUCCACUUUCAGGACUGGCCAUCAGCAACUCCUGUCCACCCAAUAUUAAAAGGGAAUUCACAGCUCCUGGCAUGAAGCAAGUACUGGACAAGCCUGGAUCCUGUGGCCAGUAUGAAAGCUAUCAAAGGCCAGAGGGCUUUCCAGUAGAGGCUGAAGUUCGUGCUUUGGCUAAAGAGAGACAGAAGAAGGACAACCACAACUUAAUUGAACGACGACGGAGAUUCAACAUCAACGAUCGCAUUAAAGAGCUUGGAACCUUAAUACCCAAAUCAAACGAUCCAGACAUGCGCUGGAAUAAGGGCACCAUUCUGAAAGCCUCAGUGGACUAUAUCAGGAAGCUACAGCGGGAGCAGCAGAGAGCCAAGGAGCUGGAGUGCAGACAGAGGAAGCUGGAGCAUGCAAACCGCCAUCUGAUGCUUCGUAUACAGGAGCUGGAGAUCCAGGCCCGUGCUCAUGGUCUGACAGUGAUGUCGUCCUCAUCAGUCUGCACAUCAGAACUGAUGGCCCGAGCCAUUAAACAGGAACCCGUUUUGGGCGACUGCCCCUCAGAGCUCUACCAGCAUAACUCGGCCCCUGACAUGUCUCCUCCAACCACGCUGGAUCUCAAUAACGGCACUAUCAGCUUUGACCACAUCCCUGCAGACGCUGGGGACCCAGGCUCCUACGGAAACUCCCGGACCUGUAAAAUGAAGGAGUUGGUGAGGGAUAAAGGCCUCGGACCGAUUUCCCCAAGUGAUCCCCUGCUGUCCAAGAUGUCCCCAUGUAUCUCCAACAGUGUCGGCAGCCACCACAGUUCCAGCUCAAGCAUGGAUGAGAAAGAACAUGGCUGUUAGCAGAACGCCAUGAGCCACACUGACACUUUUAUCUGUAGCAUCCCAGCAGUGACGCACAGAAGAUUUCCAUGAGACCAAGUGAAUAAAGGAACUCAUUGGUUGUUUUUAUCUUGACUACAUGUUUUUUUCUGACUUUUUGCCCACUUGCUGCUGAACAAAUUGUGCCACUGUAACCCAAGACACUUCCUUGAUUGCACACAGUGUUCAUGUAGUCUAAUGUAAUCUUGAGGCCAUAUACACAAACAUUUCAGAGGUACUUGACAAACAUGUAAUUUACACAGAGGCUGAGAAAUAUUGACUCCAAUCUGCCGUCAUUAUAGACUGAUCAACUUUUAAACCUGUAAAGUUUUUAGUCUUUUUAUCUUUGUUAUAUUUUAAAGUGUUAAUAACUAUUCCGAAUAUCUUGUGUAUGGAACUGUGUAUGACAGAUAAUAUACAUAUCUGAAAAUAAAGGGGCAGCAAAAUGCAGAAGGUUGCAGAGAGGAUGUUAGAUCACUGACACGGUUAGUAUGAUGGUUCCAUUGCAAAAAAUGCACAAAAUAUUAAUUUGCAUUUAAAUAUUAUGCAUAUUAGUUGUUAGUUUGUAAACAUUUUUAAAUUCUUAUUAUUUUUUACCCCAUGUUCGUAAUGUAUUCUGAGUAAAUAGCAAAUCAAAUAUUGAGCAAAUUUAGAAGUAUUAUUAUUGUUAUUAUUCUAUAAGUAUUAUAUUAUUACUAUAAUUUAUUUAUUUUAUUUUUUUCUUCUGCUCUUGAGAAUUUGCUUGGUUUUAGGUCCACAGGUGAUACAAGAAAUAUACACAUCAUACCCGAUCCACUGGACCUUGUUUGUAAAACCCUAAGCAGAUCCUGAUGUGAUACAUCAUCAUGCUUUGUUUAUAAUGAAUGUGAAAUAAAAAUAAAUCUAAAAACAAA